GCCAUGUCAGCCUCCGGGAGGCUCGAAGGACUGGCACUACCGUGGGAGUCCGGGGCCUUGGCAUUGGUUUUCGGAAGCACACCUCUAGUCUCUGAACCCAUGCUUGCGGCAGAGGGUGCUUCAGACUUCAGAGUGAUGCCUGUGCAAUCUUCGGUGUCUUCGACGAGUGCUGGCAUGCCGAGCGUGUGCCCUGACUCCGUUCUCAGCUUCACGGCUAAGCCUUUCAGUCGUGGCAGACUCCUUGAAGAGGAGAGGUGGGAGCUCGUGUACACGGGGUGGCUUCAGAUUCUGCAGGCACACUCAGGUGGGAGCGAGAUCGCCGACAUCUUAGAAGAAGCGCAGGAGGAACAAGCUAAGGUAGCUUGUGUCCGACAGCUCUUUGGGGGCAAGGCUUUGACCACUUUAGAAAAGCGCUUGAGGCAGGUUCGGCACUACCUCAAGUGGGCCCAUGAGACCGGUGCGGAAGCUUUCCCCAUCGGGAACCAUCAGGUGCGAAUGUACAUCAAACAGCUCUUGAAGGACAACGCGCCGCCUAGCAAAGUACUCGGAGCAUGCGAAAUAGUCAAUUUUCUGGCUUAUGUCGUAGGCCUGCCCGUUGCCGUCACGGCCACCAAGACUCCAUGGGUCAAAGGAGUCAUGCGGCAGUCCAGGUCCGAGAAAGGUGCCCCGAAGCAGGCCCGUGCCCUUACGACCGUAGAAGUGGCCCUGCUGGAGUCAAUGUUGAGGAACGAAGACGUUCACGUGCAGGCGCGUUGCUACCCGUGCCUCGGGGCGACAGUUGGUGCAAGGAGCCGUGCUCCACUGGAGAUGCGGCGUGCUGGCUGCGAGCUCUUCUUCGCAAGGCUACGGGCGAGGUUUUACCCGGACAUGUCACGCUCGGGUUACCUGGCUGUGGACGAGAGACAAGACAGGCCGGGCGAAUCAUUCAAUGGAGAUGAUGACUCGGAGCCAAGGCUUGACGAUCUCUUCCACUACGACUCGGAGGCUGCCCUGAGGGCCCGUGCAAGGGACCAUGGCAUUCCCGACGAGGUGGUCGAUGCCAUGGUAGGGCGGAACAUCACCUCUUUGAACCGAGUAGCCUUUGCCUUGACCCAGCCCGGCACGAGCCCCGAUGAAUCGGACUUGCGUGCAUUUGUAACGUUGCCCGCCGGAGAUCCCAACCUUGUUAGUCAAGGCCUGCUGGCGGCGGCUAGGCGGUUGGUUUUUGAGGCCCAAACUUUACAUGUUGCGCAGCUUAAGCAGCAAGUCGAGGGUUCGGAUGCCAAGCCCAAAGAAUUGCCUGCUGAAGAGAGGCGCUAUCGUCUGUCAGCACAGGAGCGCCGCUUGAGCGGCAUGGUCUUGCGCGGGCCUCUUGAGGUUGCUUACUCUGCAUAUGACAUUGUAGUCAAGAUGUUGGCCGACGACCACAUAACUUAUCUCGCUCCUCACCGCUUUUCCACCCGCAUGUUGGAAGUGCAGCAAGAUCGGCCCUCAAAAUCCAUUGUCAUUGAUGCAACGCAGCACCUGCAGGUGAAAGACACGGCCUCGCAAAAGCCUCAGGUGGACCUGCCCGACGCACUGUCGCUGACACAAGCAAUGACGCGCCGCAGUCUAGCACUUGACCUGGUCGGCGCUGCGACUUUCUCCCGCGCUGAGGCCUGGAAUCGAGUGCUGGUUCAGCACUUGCAACAGCCACCACCGCCCGGCUUUAAGUUCAUGGAUACCGCGCAGCUUCUCCGUGCCGACCGCGCGGGUUGGUUGCAUAUGGCCCAGGUCCUCACUACUCUGAGGCGCGGGAGUGAUGGCACAUUGCCGAUGGAUGCCGCUUUUGAUUCCUUGCCCACUGUGCCGGCCAUCAUGUUUCAUCUUGCUCCACAGCAAG